AUGGCAUCCCAAGGCAUUCAGAUGAUUGGCAUCUCCAUGUGUGUUAUUGGAUGGCUGAUGGUGGUGGUGGUCUGUGCUCUGCCCAUGUGGAGGGUGACUGCCUUCAUUGGGGCCAACAUCAUCACAGCUCAGACCAUCUGGCAGGGCAUGUGGAUGAACUGUGUGGUGCAGAGCACCGGGCAGAUGCAGUGUAAGGUCUAUGACUCCAUGCUCGCACUGCCCCAGGACCUGCAGGCUGCUCGCGCCAUGGUCAUCAUCUCCAUCCUGGCCGGGAUUGUGGGAGUGAUCCUCGGCAUUGCGGGCGCCAAAUGCACCAACUGCAUUGAAGAGGAGCGAGCUAAGGCCAAGACGUGCAUUCUGUCUGGAAUCCUGUUCAUUGUGUCCGGCCUGCUCUGUCUCAUCCCUGUGUCCUGGACGGCUAACACCAUUGUCAGUGACUUUUACAACCCCCUGCUUCUGGAGACGCAGCGCUACGAGCUGGGCGCCUCCCUGUACAUCGGCUGGGCUGCGGCGGCUCUGCUGCUGAUGGGAGGAGGCCUCAUGUGUUGGAACUGCCCUCCCAAAGAACUGCACCGAAACUACAGCCCCAAGUUUAUCCCUGUAAAGUCCGCCUCCUCACAAAGAGAGUAUGUGUAG